GCUCCCCGUCCCGUCCCACUGCGCUGAGCCGCAGAGGUCGGCCCCGCCUCCCCUUCCCGCAGGGCUCGGACUUGGCGCCCGGAGGCUGCGGCGGGGGCGGGCACAGGAGGUGCUGAGUCCUAGGUUUGCACCUGAGCGAGGCUGGCAGCAGCGGGCGUUCGCUCCCAGGCUUCCCUCCUCCGCGGGGAUCGGCGCAGCCUCUCGCCAGCUCUGCCUGUCACGCUGGGGCUGCAGCGGCGGCAGGCAGCGCGUCCAGUCCCUUGCUCCGCUCCGCGGCCAGCCGGGCGCCUCCUGCCCGCGCAGCUGCUAUCUACCCCGGUGUCUCUGUUCAUGGCACAGCGGGGCGGCCCUAGCUGCAGGAGCCCGGCUGACGGCUCGGCGUCAGACGGGUGAGCAAGUGCGAUCAGGCUUUGCAGCGCUCCGGGGGGCGGACGGAACCGGGCACGGGGCGGGGACUCGCCCUUUGGUAGAUGUCUGAGCGGCGGGAUUUCAGCCCCGAACCUGGCACCAGCAGAUUCGCUGAGCGCAGCUCCCCCGCCAAGCACGACGCCCCGGGGGCGAGCCCGGCUCUGCACGGAGGCCGAAUCCAGUGACUACUCUACUUGAAAAAUACGUGCUCAGUCAGCAAAAGGAACACAACUUUUCAACACCAUUCUAUGUGGAAAUCAAUCCAUGCCCCAUUACCUGGUUGAGUGAAACCAGAUUAAGAACUUCUGCCAUGGCAGCUCUUCUACUAGGAGCUUUACUGCUUAUGGUUCAACCUCAUAUAGUGCCUUCGAGACCAACCGUAAUUUCUAAGGCUGAGGCCACUUCUCAAUCUGUUCAGAAAGAGCUCUUAAAGAAAACAGUUCUCAAAAAUGACUUCAAAGGAAACAUUCAUUUUAACGGAUCUUGCCAGCGGCUACCACAAACUAUCAUUAUUGGAGUAAGAAAAGGUGGAACAAGAGCCUUAUUAGAGAUGUUGAGUCUCCAUCCAGAUAUUGCAGCAGCAGAAAGUGAAGUCCAUUUCUUUGACUGGGAGGAUCAUUAUGGAAAUGGAUUGCAGUGGUAUAUGAAUCAAAUGCCAUUCUCUUAUCCCCAUCAGAUCACAGUGGAAAAAACCCCAGCCUAUUUCACUUCACCCAAAGUGCCUGAAAGAGUUUAUAACAUGAACCAGUCAAUGAGACUACUCCUUAUUUUGAGAGACCCAAGUGAGAGAGUACUAUCUGAUUACACCCAAGUGUUCUACAAUCAUGUACAAAAGCACAAGCCGUAUCCAUCCAUUGAAGAAUUCCUGAUUAAAGAUGGUGAACUCAACGUGGACUACAAGGCAAUAAACAGAAGCUUAUAUUACUUUCACAUGCAAAACUGGUUGAAGUAUUUUCCUCUUGAUCGCAUUCACAUUGUAGAUGGGGAUAAACUAAUCAAAGAUCCUUUCCCAGAAAUAGAGACAGUAGAGACGUUUCUAAGGUUGUCACCUCAAAUAAAUGCUUCAAACUUUUACUUCAAUAAAACUAAAGGCUUCUAUUGCCUAAGGGAUAGUGGUAGGGAACGUUGUUUACAUGAGUCAAAAGGAAGAGCACACCCUCAUGUAGAUUCUCAUUUACUUGAUAAACUGUAUGAAUAUUUUCAUGAACCUAAUAGAAAAUUCUUUGAGCUUGUUGGCAGAACAUUUGACUGGCACUAAUUUGUGUUAAGUUAUUGAUAAGCUUCAGAGCCUAAGUUUCAGUGUACGCUUAGAAAUUAUAUAAAAAGGGCAUUUAAGCUAUAAUUUAUUUGUAAAAUCCAUAAAUACUUCUGUACAGUAUUAGUUUCACAAUUGCCGUAUAAACUAGUUAUAUUUUUCUACUUGUUAAAUUUGAAGACAUUUUGUAUUGUUUUUCAUGGUUGUUACAUUAUGUAUUACGUCUCUAUAUGAAGGAACUAAAAUAUUUCACUGCAGAAGAUGCUUUCUUGAGAUUGUGUUAUCUGUUUAAUAUAUAAGAAAUUCGUUUAAACAAAACCCUUCAGAAUUAUCUGAAUCUUUGAAAUAUAGUAUCUGGACUUUAUCUCUUUAUUGUGAAUGACCACAUGAACUUUACACUUUGUUGUUUUUUACUAGCGACUUCAAUUUUAAAAUGUCAUUGGGCAGCAAAGUUCUCUAAACUGCUUUAUACAAUUAAUCCUUACUAAAGUGAUACCUCACAUACUUAUUAGGACAUGACAUGUCAGGUACAAUGGAAUACUCUGUAAACAGACAUACCGACUACCGUACUUACCUUCAUAUUUCAUUUCUUAACUGGUGCCCCUGAAAUUCUUUGGCAGUAUAAUGCCAGUUUCAUGGUAGAGUUUAAAAGAUUCUGUGGAUACAUGCUCAUAAAAAACACUGUUGGAUGCAGAAAUAUAGUCAACCUAGGAACUUCCUUUAUUUUCUGUAUGUUUAUGUAUAUCUUCUUUACACUGAAAAAUGGGAGUGAAGGAUUUAAGCAAUAUUGGUAAAUUUUAAAGGUUGCUCAUGAUUGUUUCUUAAUUCUAUAGAAUCUAUUUCUGCUUCAGAAUCACUGAAAACUAACACCCACUCACGAGCCAUUAGUUGGUUUAACCUCUAGAAAUUAAUGGCCUUAUUUUCAUUUAUGUUAAGACCUCCCAAAUACUGCUCCGGCUAUAUAAAGGUUCCAAAAGUAAAUGUAAAUGACAUUUGCACCCAUAUUAAAGGCCCUUUUUGCUGCCAGAGUGGUGCUUUUUGCUUUCCACUCUACACUAGGAAAUUAGAUCUACACUAGGAAAAAAUCUACAUCUCUGAGCAAUGCAGUUAAACUGACCGAAUCCCCACUAUAGACUGUUCUGUGUCAACAAGAGAGCUUCUCCUGUCAACAUAACCUCUUGGGGAGAUGGAGUACCUAUGCUGACAGGAGAAGCCCUCC